AUGAAUACACUCAGUCAGCACGCAGCCUGUACUGCAUGCUUCUUGUCGGCUUGGUCUCCCGACAGUCCAGGUGCUUUGGUCCCUGACUUCUGGUCUCCCCACGAGCCCAUGACAGUGCAGCAGUCAAGCAACUCACCGGCCAGUAGCGCGAUGACCAGUAUUCUUGCUAGUGUCUCGACAGCGCCGUGGCGUUCUGAUGUUAUGCACGGCGUCUGUGAUAAGCGAGACACUAGAGCCCAGAGCAAGGCUAUCAAUCGUCAAAGGCAUUGCCAAAACCUACAUGGGCCAAGUUACCACGGGGGCAUCGGGACCACUGAGGGCUAUGUCAUACGAACAACCCUCGCUGCUCCAUCUAGAUUCAAGCAGCCUGUAUCCUUUUUCAGCGUCAUAUUCCAGCUUGACUGGCAUGUUACUGCCUCCUCUUCUAUUCCUGGACUCGAUAUACAAACCCUGGUCCUGACAAGUCUGCCUGAGCUAUUGACUCAAGUCUUACCAGCUCGUGGUCAGUCACACGGAAACUCUCAUCAAAACAGCCUCGUGAGUGGCUCACCUCAUUCCGGGCGCGACUUCUCCACGGUGACAGCAAUCAACGUCACAUUCACUGAAAUUCGACGUUGUCGCACAUCCAUCCAGUCAACCCUAAAGCAGUAA